UUCAUUCUAAAUUUUCAUUUUACAACUAAACUCGCAUUUCUCUAGCUCUUAUUUUAACUAAACACGCAUUUGAUCAGAUCUAAUUUGAAUAUGCAAAUCCGUAAAAUGUAAGCGAUUUCCAUCCAGCGACACUUGACUGUCAACUGUUGGUAUACACCCCCGAAAACUUGACCAAAUAGAUAGCAGAGGGAGUGAAACCAAUGGCAUCAUCGCUAUCUCGGUGGCUUGUCGACCCAAAGAAGAACCCUCUCGCUGCCAUCCACAAAAAGACCAUCUUCGGCCGCCUUCGCAAAUACGGGCUUCGAUAUGAUGAUUUGUAUGACCCAAAGUACGAAUUGGACGUUAAUGAGGCGCUGAAUCGGCUCCCUAGAGAGAUCGUGGAUGCGAGGAAUCAGCGCAUCAAGCGCGCUAUGGAUCUCUCCAUGAAGCACGAUUACCUUCCCGAAGAUCUCCAGGCCAUGCAGACACCAUUUAGAAGCUAUCUUCAGGAAAUGUUAGCUCUUGUAAAGAAAGAGCAAGCUGAACGUGAGGCUUUGGGCGCUUUGCCCCUCUAUGAGCGCACAAUUCCAUGAUCCUUUGUGAUUUCUAUUUCUGAUUGAUUUUCGUAUUCUGAAUAAUAAGAACAGUGAUCCUGCUCAAGGUAUAUGGACCAGGAAAUAGAGGAUUAUUCUGUAUUUCAUGAUGUUUGAUGAUCAAAAUCACUUGGAUUUGUUUUUCCUCA